AUGGUGCACCCAAACACUCGUCCUAAAAAUGCGAACCAGCAUCCUGGUGAGAUCCUCCUCCAAAACAAGAGGAAAAGGCGCACUGCUCAUCAAAUCCAGGAAGACAACGACCGAGCCGAGCAUGAGCGGCAGGAGAAAGAAGCCGCUGAUAAACGCACCACCGAGAAGAUUGCGUCUAUUGAAGACAAGAAGGCGUUGAAGGACUUGAAGAUCCUUUUGCAUGUGCCAAAGCCUCGGCCUCAGGGCGCAUCCUGUGUCGAAGUCAAAGAAGCAGCUGAGAUGGGGGAUGUCGAAAUGGAGGAUGUUGCUGCAGGCGAUAACGAUAUCGAUAGCGAUAAGGACUUUCAACCAAGUGAGGAGGAAAGUGCAGAGGUGCAGCUGAGGAACAAACAUGUACAGAAGACAGCAUAUCGUGAGGCUGUCCAUGCUGAGCGAAGUGUUAAUAAUACAGGCGUCAAAUUUGACACAAGUCACAAUCAGAAUCAGAAUGUCAUAUCAGAUGCUGAUCACACAACAGCAUGUGGUGACCAGAAAGGCAAGAAAGGAGUUGUGGAUGUCUGCGCAGCCAAGGAUGACUAUGCGGGGAUGGGGAAAACAAAGGACUGGGCUGAGAAACUUGCAACAAGCAAGUUGCUCCGCCCUCAACUUGAAAGCCUUCGCACUGAAUCACACAGACAGGUGUCCUCAAUCACCACCUCGACUGCCGUUUCAAAGAUCUCGAAAGUGAGUAGCGCCAGCGCUAAUCCCACUGGCAGCCCGCACCCCACAAACAACAUUCAAGGCAAUCUUGAAGAACCUACCACAGCGUUUCUGGACGAGGACGAUUCACUUGAGCAUGAGGCUGCUUUCAAGGCUACCAAAAAGCCUGGUGGCAGGCAUACAACUUCUGCGGAUAUAUUGGAAGUCAGUGAUAACAGUUUAUCACCGCCUCCAUCGCGACCAAAGAAACGCUCACCAAUAAUGGCAAGGACUGAGUCCUUAUCCUCCCCCCCUCCUCGUGCUCCCCCUUCUACGCAACCAUCCAGAGCCACCGCCAGGUUCAUCCCGACUGAGCCCGUUACUGACUUGUCAAUGGACAUUGACUUUGGCGAGAGCGAGGACACAUCACCGUCUCCUGCCCCUGUGUCAGCAAAAGGCACCAAACGCCUGACAACUUCAGUGAGCCGACCGGUGUCAGCAUCAAUAGCCAGCCCCCCCCCUUCGAAACGAGCAAAGACAGAGCCGCAGAGCAAGAGUAUCACGUCACGCCGUGAUGGCAGUGGCGCCAAUCACCGGUACCAGAACGAUGACCUUCCUGAGGGAUGCCAGGAUGGUAAUACCUGGCGCCGGGUGUUCAUACCAACUGUCGCACACUGGGCUGGUGGAGAAGUUGAGCCUUGGGGUCCUGAAGACGAAGAUUUAAGGGACGCCAUGCAGGAGAUAUGGAACUACAUAUACCGGGGUAAGAUUCGGCACGAGAUCUCCAGAUCUGGUGCCGUUUUAAAAGUGGACGCUGAUUUUUUGGAUCCUGCGGCUCGCGAGGACUUUUCAAGGGCCAUGCUGAAGCAUAACCGGUUCAUUUUCAGGGACAAUUCAGGACUCGUUCCCAAGGACUGGACGGGUAUGUGGAGAUCCCCCUUCGUACUUCAGACAUUCACAUCACACCUCAAUUUCACCUUCAGCCGUGUUGAAGUCCCCGACCUUGACACCGAGAGCAUUAGUGCGCGGGCUGCAUUUGCCCUCGCCGUUACUGCUGUUUAUCGUACUCUUCAGCUCAUCAUUGAUGGGAACCUUGCUUUCCAAGUUGUUCAAGAAUCCCGUGGCAAACGCAAAGGUGCGAAGACCGAUGGCGGCGAUAUCUGGACCCCCAUCAUCACGAAGGGCGAGCAGUUUGCUUUCAGCAAACCUAUCUGGGGGCACAUGACCGUCAAACUCAUGGGCCCCAUCUUGGCGCUUUCCGACGAUGCCUUUGCGAGCAUUAUUGUGGAGGCACAACAGUAUGCCAAGCACGCGAAAAGUAUCGGGAACUCGAGGACUACCACCGGUGACGCGCCUGAUGAGGAUGACGUGUUCACUGACCUAUUUGCAUUCCGUUGA